GUCUGUCUGGGGCCUGGCCCGGAGGCCUCACAUUCCGUCCUGUCCCAUCCACGUCUCCUCCCUGCACCGGAGCCGCCGCCGCCGCGCUCGGGCCGCACGCAGCUCGGUCUUCCCUUUGACUGGGAACCCCCCUCCCCACCUGGGCCCUCGCCAUGGGCGAAUAUAACGAGAAGAAGGAGACAUGCGGGACCAUCUGCCUGAAGUACCUGCUCUUUACCUUCAACUGCUGCUUCUGGCUGGCCGGCCUCUUCGUCAUGGCCGUGGGCAUCUGGACCCUGGCCCUCAAGAGUGACUACAUCAGCCUCCUGGCCUCCAGCACUUACCUGGCCAUCGCCUACAUCCUGGUCGUGGCCGGGGCCGUGGUCAUGGUGACGGGCAUCCUGGGAUGCUGCGCCACCUUCAAGGAGCGGAGGAACCUGCUUCGGCUGUACUUCAUCCUGCUGCUCAUUAUCUUCCUGCUCGAGGUCAUUGCGGGCAUCCUGGCUUACGUCUACUACCAGCAGCUGAGCUCCGAGCUGAAGGACACCCUCAAGGACACCAUGGUCCAGAAGUACCACCAGCCCGGCCAGGAGGGAGUGACCACGGCGGUGGACAAGCUGCAGCAGGAGUUCAAGUGCUGCGGGAGCAACAACUCCCGGGACUGGGCCGAGAGCGCGUGGAUCCGCUCGGGAGAGGCCGGAGGCCGCAAGUUCCCCGACAGCUGCUGCAAGACCGUGGUGGAGGGCUGCGGCCAGCGGGACCACGCCUCCAACAUCUACAAAGUGGAGGGCGGCUGCAUCAGCAAACUGGAGAAGUUCAUUCAGGAGCACCUGAAGAUCAUUGGGGCCGUGGGCCUGGGCAUUGCCUGUGUGCAGAUCUUCGGGAUGAUUUUCACCUGCUGCCUGUACAAAAGCCUCAAGCUGGAGCAUUACUAGGGCCCGGCCCUGCCCCAUGCCAAGUUAUUGCCGCCUUUCUUUCUCUUUUUGUACUGAAGCUACCGCCAAGCGUGACUACUGCAUGGAAACUACUGACUCGGGCAGGGGAAGCUCCUGCCCCAAAGACCAACCCCCACUGGCUGACCCAACCUGCUGAUAGUCCCCCCCA